GCCGGAAAACAAAGCCCCACCACCAAACAAGCCCACCACCACAAACCACCGCAACAACCAUGUCCGACCUACCCAGACUCAUCAUCACCGACGUCCUCUCCAGACUCCCCAUCAGGUUCCUCUCUCGUUGCCGCUGCGUCUGCUAGCUCUGGCGCACCAUAACCACCGAACCCAUUUUCACAAAAAUGCACCUCUCCCGAGCUUCAUCUCCGAGCCUCAUCCUUCAAACCAAGACCCCCAAAGACGGCCUCCCAUACGAUCUCUACUUGGCCGAACCCACUACUUGCCACUCAAACGACGCCGUCACUACCAUCUCCACCAAGUUCAACCGUUCCAACCUCGAGUUCGAUCUCGUUGGGUCCAUCAAUGGCUUGCUCUGUUUAUCCGAACCCUUGUACUUCGACCCUGUUUACAUCUGCAACCCCAUUAUCGGCGAGUACAUGACUCUUCCCAAGUCCGAAAUCGAAACUGGGUUCGAUAUUGUUUCUGGGUUCGGAUUCGAUCAGAGUACUGAUCGAUACAAGGUGAUAAUAAUGCUUUAUGUUACUGUCAAAGACGACCCAACAACAACAAAUGGUACGGUUUCGUUUAGGAUGGAAGGAGAGAUUUACACCGUUGGAGGAAGUGGGGAAUGGAGAAGGAUUGGAGAGGUACCAUACCCACUUCGAGCGAGAGAAUCGGAGGCGUAUUUGAAUGGGGUUCUUCACUGGUUGAUGACUGAUCAAGAUAUCGGAAUUGAAACUUGUGAGUUCAUUGGUGCUUUUGAUGUUGCUAGUGAGGAAUUUCGAUCGCUUCCACCACCACAGACUCAAUUCAGUUCAGAGAGCCGGACCUCUUUGCGGCGAUUGAAUUUGAAUUUGGGGGUUUUGGGUGAUGAAUUAUGCAUUUUCGACAAUUAUUUCAGUGAUCGAAUGGAGAUAUGGAUGAUGAAGGCUUAUGGGGUACAGAGUUCUUGGACCAAACAGUACGUUAUCAAGCGACCCAGGAGCUUGGAGGUGCAGCAGGAUACGAGAGUCUAUUUUAAACCAUUGAAGCUUACCCACAAUGGUGAAAUUCUGAUGCUGUAUGACUCUGUUGCCAUUGUUUGUUACGACCCAGUUGGAAAAUUUUUCUAUCACCUCGGACUUUUUGGGCUUCCGGUUGCUACUAAUGUCUGUAAAGCAAUUGUUCAUGUUGGAAGCUUAGUUUCACUUAGGAAUGUUGCAGCUAAUGAAGGUGAAAAUAGUAAUCUGUUGAUUUUUCCUUAGCCCAUUCUGAUUUACUGUUUUUCGCUUUUAACUAUAUCGUUGUAUUCUUUGUGCAGCAGCAACACUGCUGUGGAUAAAAGUGUAAAGAGGUAAUAAUGUAACAUUUGUUAAUUGCACUGUCUAUAGUGUGGGAAUGCCUAGUUUUAUUUAAGUUUGAACACCAUUUUUUUAUGUUUUGCUUAGAGUUGAUGUGGUCGACGAAAGUGCAGAGAGGUGACAUUCUUGUUCUAUUAUUUUACUAGGAUUUUUUUGCUCACAUGCCUAAUUAUGCUUUUGGGUAUUUACCAUGGUUGUCAGAAUCUUACGAUUUAUGAUUCAAUAUGAGUUGCAAGCAAAACGAUUCGCUUUGUGUAGUUGAAUCUU